GUUAAGUUAGCACUUCUGGGCUUCGGCGGGAAUUCCGAGCAGUGUGCCAUGAUAGCUGUCAUUGAAAUAUCUUACGAUGUACCCAAAAUUGAAAACAUGUUGUCAGACAGUAUGCUGCAUCUCGCAGCAGCAUCUAACGGCCAUCCUGGCAUUCUUCUCGAUUGUGAACCAAUACACGAUGCGGGUAAGUUUAAACCUGGCCAUUACGGAAAUGACGACAAGUUCGAGUCCAACUACUCAGACUGAACCGUCCUCGAAUGGCACAAUUGAAGAGAUUUUGCGCAGUCCUUGUGGGGUGUUCAGGACCACACGCCACCUCGUUCGGAUCGACGGUGAAGACGUGUUCGAGUGGGAUGAGUACACCCAAGGUAUCAUUCUGUCCUCGUUCUUCUGGGGUUACGUUGUGGCACACUUUGGCAGUGCGUUCAUAGCCGACAAGUACCCGAGGUUGCUGUUGGGUUUGAGUGUGCUCAUCACGGCGAUUCUGACCUUGCUGACGCCUUUGGCGAUUGAUUACGGGGGAGCUCCGGCGUUGAUUGGAGCUCGAGUGAUUGAAGGUUUUGGCGAGGGGGCUACGUUUCCGGUGCUGAGUGCUAUAAUUGCCCAGUGGAUUCCUCCGCAGCAGCGCGGCAUGCUGGGUUCGUUCAUAUUCAGUGGAGGCCAAAUUGGGUCCUUGUUCGGCGGUAUUGGAACGGGUUAUAUCAUUGCGGAACUGCACAGCUGGCGAUUGGUGUUCUACGUUUGGGGUGGAUUGGCGCUGGUUUGGUACGUCAUUUGGGAAAUGUUUGGGUUCGACAGUCCGGAGCAUCAUCCGUUCAUUACGGAUAAGGAAAAGCAAGCGUUGAUGGAGAAAUUUAAGGAUGCUAGGAAGCGAACGGAUAUGGGCCCCAUUCCGUGGAAGAAGAUUGCCACAAGUAUGCCAUUUUGGGCAUUGAUUGCUGGUCAGGUACACGUUAAAAUUAUUGUCACCUACCUUUCAUUUUUCUGUAAAUUCACAAUUGAACUUCUUCCGCAGGUUGGUCACGACUGGGGCUUCUAUUUGAUUGCAACCGAUUUGCCCAAAUACAUGAAGAGCAUCCUGGGGCUGUCUGUCAAGGAUAACGGAUUGAUUAGUUUCUUCCCGUUCCUGUCGAUGUGGAUUUUUUCGGUCCUGACCGGUUGGAUCUGUGACGUCCAGAUUAGGAAGAAGUGCACAUCACCCACCGUUGCUCGGAAGAUGUGGACCACGAUUGGGUCGCUUCCACCGGCUGUGCUGCUCCUGGCAGCAUCGUAUGCUGGGUGCAACCGAGUCCUGGUGAUUGCGUACUUUGCACUGUCAGUGACCCUGAUGGGAGGAUUCUAUCCGGGUAUUAAGGUAAACGUGAAUGAUCUGAGUCCGAACUUCGCCGGAUUUCUGAUGGCGAUAGUGAAUGGGAUUGGCGCGAUCACAGGAAUCAUUGUGCCUUACACUGUUGGACUGAUGACACCAAACCAAACCCUCGACGAAUGGCGCUCGGUGUUUUGGGUCGCCUUCUGGGUUCUCAAUGUCACAAACGUCAUCUUUAUCCUGUUUGGAUCCGGAAAAAUUCAACAUUGGAACGACCCUUCUGGCGAAUCGGACGACACACAAGCACAACAUUGACCGAAACCUUAGCAAUGUAAAAUUUUAAAAU